AUGGAGCUUUAUGGGGAGUCCCAGAUCUCCCCUGUGGUGAAGCUCAUCAUCGCUGUAGCCAAGUCCAAGUUCUGUGCACAGGUGGGAAGCGUUCCCGUACUUUGCUCUCUUCACGUCCCUGAUACAGAUUUACUGAUUGUGCUUUUAUGGAACUGUGACAAGCCUUUACCUCCUCGGAACAAGUGGCCCUCCACCAGCGUGCCUCUCACUGUCAUUGAAGGGCAGAGCAAGACGAUGAGCAGUCGAUUCUUCCCUCACGACGCCAUCGUCACUGAUGCGGUUCUCAGCCUGGACGAAGACUCGGUUCUCUCAACCAAUGAGGUGGAUUUUGCCUUUAUCGUGUGGCAAAGUUUUCCAGAGCGGAUCGUGGGUUAUCCGGCGAGGAGCCACUACUGGGACAGCUCCAGAUCCCGCUGGGGCUACACCUCCAAGUGGACCAACGACUACUCCAUGGUCCUCACAGGAGCAGCUUUCUUCCACCGAUAUUACCACUACCUGUUCACCCACCACGUCCCGGCCAGCCUGCUGACCAUGGUGGACCGCGUGGCAAACUGUGAGGACAUCCUGAUGAACUUCCUGGUGUCGGCCGUCACCAAGCAACCGCCGAUCAAAGUCACGCAGAAGAAGCAGUACAAGGAAACCAUGAUGUCGCAGGGCUCCAAGGCGUCUCGGUGGGCCGACCCCGACCACUUCGCCCAGCGGCAGACCUGCAUGAACGCCUUCAGCCACUGGCUGGGUUUCAUGCCCCUGGUGCAAUCCCAGAUGAGGCUGGACCCCGUGUUGUUCAGGGACCAGGUUUCCAUCCUGAGGAAGAAAUACAGAGACAUCGAGAGGCUGUGAACGCACAAGGAUACAAAUCUGUGUGUGUGUGAACAUUCGUGACACUAUAAAAUAAAACACACACAUGCACUGGACAUAAAUGUGAUGAAGCACUGAGGUAAGCAUAACGCAUUUAACUGUGCACUUCUAUGGAGAAAAAAAAAAAAAAGGUGUAUGCGUGGUUUUCAGCCUUCAUCAUUCUGAAUGCAUGGAUACACAUGCAACAAAGACUGCAGGCGUGACCACAGACAUACAGUACGUGUUGCAUGGUUUGAAAAAGACAGCUGUUCCAGGACCUGAAGUAUCAACGUCAUGUUUUAAUUUUUUAAAAAGAGGAGUUUACUGUGGACAUUCACAGAGACGUUUAUCGAGGAAGGUUCAACAGAUUAAAAAGGUUUUAUCCAUAAAGUCAAAUCUUUGGGUUGUGUAUGUACAGUGAGGACAUUUUAUGGACUAAUGGGACAAACUGUUGCUUCUGGGUCGGGUCAAAUGUCAGCUGCUGUCCCCCCAAACACCCAGAGACAGCGUCCCUCUUGUAUUCUACUGUAGAUUUUCAGCAGAGGUUCCUGUCUGUAUGAAGCAAAUUAAAAAUAAAAUAAUGUUAUGUUAUAAGAGAAGAGA